AGUAACACAGCGGAAGUGUUAACCGUCAGGAGUGCGUGUGUGUGAGAGAGAGACUACAGCGGGGACUCAGGUGGCAUGAUGUGGGCUCGGUUGAUGGUCGGGGUCGGGGGUUCGGGGCUCGGGUUGCGGGCUUCCAGGGACGGUUUACUGCGGGUUGCUGGAGCUGGAUGCACAGGCAAGAAGCAGCAGCAGCAGCAGAGACAGGCUUCAAGUGCAGAGGCUGCCUUGAAGAAGACUCCACUGUUUGACUUCCACAGAGACCAAGGUGGAAAGAUGGUGGACUUUGCAGGCUGGAGUAUGCCUGUCCAGUACAAAGAUAGCCACAUCGUCUCACACAUGCACACCAGAGAGCACUGCUCCAUCUUUGACGUCAGCCACAUGCUACAGACCAAAGUCCAUGGCAAAGACAGGGUGAAGUUCAUGGAGUCUCUUGUAGUAGCAGAUAUUGAAGACCUCAAGGACAACCAGGGGACAUUGACCCUCUUCACCACCCAGAAAGGAGGGAUUAUUGAUGACCUCAUAGUGACAAAGACAGACCAGGGUUACCUCUACGUCGUCUCCAACGCUGGCUGCUCCGACAAGGACACGGCUCAUAUGAAGGACAGACUGGCAGAGUUCAAAGGUGCUGGUUUUGAUGUGGAUCUGGAGUUCCUCGAUGAAGCACUGAUUGCUCUGCAAGGUCCAUCCAUGUCUCGGGUGCUCCAGGAGGGGCUGAAGGAAGACCUCAGUAAGCUGACCUUUAUGACUUCCACCUUGGCCACUGUGUUUGGUAUUCCUGGUUGCAGGGUCACCCGCUGUGGAUACACUGGAGAGGACGGGGUGGAGAUCUCCGUCCCUCAGUCCAGAGUGGUGGAGCUGACGGAGAAACUGCUGGCUAACAGUGAGGUGAAGCUGGCUGGUCUUGGUGCCAGGGACAGUCUGCGUCUAGAGGCGGGGCUUUGUCUCUAUGGAAAUGACAUAGAUGAGACCACCACGCCUGUGGAAGCCACCCUAGUCUGGACCAUUGGAAAGCGUCGACGUCAGAACAGGGAUUUCCCUGGUGCUGACAUCAUCGUACCUCAGAUCAAAGCCAAGACAGCCAGGAAGAGAGUCGGUCUGGUGUCCACUGGCCCCCCCGUCAGACAACACACACCCAUACUCAGCCCUGAUGGAAAAGUCAUAGGUGAGGUGACCAGCGGCUGCCCCUCUCCCUGCCUGAAAAAGAACAUCGCCAUGGGUUACGUGGAUGCCGCAUUCGCUAAGAAUGGAACAGCUAUCCAGGUCGAGGUCAGGAAAAAAGCAGUGCCCGCCACUGUCAGCAAGAUGCCCUUUGUUCCCACCAACUACUAUUCUGGAUAGGAGGGACACACACAUACACAAACAAACAUGCACAUACAUACACUCACACUGGAUCAUUCCUCCACUUUGUCCCAUAUUCACCAAUGCUGCCCCCAUCUGUUUACGUCCAGCAAUGCAACACUCAUAACACUGCAAGUCUCCAUUGCUGAGUUUAAUGCAUUAAAUGCAUCAUAGUUUUAUUUGAGACACAAUAGCAAAGUGUACAGUAAACUGACAUGUUGUUCGAGGACAACAGGACAUAAUGCUUUGAGCAGGACAUUUUAGACAGCAGCUGUCAGUAUUCUACCUGUGUUUUUUUAUAAACAGCAUCCAGUCACAUGGUUUCACUUGUGUAUGUGUGCGCAUGAAAUAAAUAACGAGCAGUAUUCUUGAGUUUGAGUAUGUAUGUAUGAUGGUAUGGGCCUAGAUACUCUGCUAACACAUUUCACAGACCAAGUUCUGUUUUCUAUUUUUCUAUUUUAGCAAGUUGAAGUAGAUUUACUGCACUUUCAGUAAGAGCACAGUAAGAAAACAGUGAGGAUGUGUGGGUCCAUUAAACGUUUAAUUAAGUCGUAGAACAUAGGUUUUGCUAAUAAAACGUGACUGCAUGUACUUUGUCACUGCUGGACCAAAACAAAGACAUUCCAAAACUUUCUCCUGAUGUUAAAUCACUACAUGUUUUUUUUCUUCUUUCAAAUACCACAGAGCCAAACUUCUAUUCGUAUAAAAGCUUAAUCAAGGGAGGUCAAACAGGGCCAGCUCACAAUCCAACACAAAAGCCUGACCUGAAAUAUGUCAACACAAAUCUACCAGUUCAGUUUGUCAAAUUGACAUUUUUGAGUUAAUUACCAGAUUUUUUUCAUCAAGUUCUUGCUUGGAGGGAUUUUGAGGAAUUUCUGGUUUGCUCUUUUGAUUAAUAACAACCUGAUCUCCACAUCAGAUAAAACUUGACUACACUGCUUUUCACUGUUCAUAAUAUAAUAAUAUGAACCUGAAGGAGAAAUUAAUACCACAUGAGGUACAAUGAUAACCUAACUUGAAAAGAUGUUAUUUGUCAUUAUGUGUGUUCUGUCUGGCAACUAAUGAAAU